AUGGCCACGACAGAUGGGGGACAUGGGAUGAGGGAGAUGCCUCUCACAGGCGUUGUCCUCUGUUGCACCUCGAUUCCCCCAGAACAGCGCACUCAACUCGCCGCCAUUGGGGCGCAAAUGGGCGCGACCAUUAAACUCGAUCUAACCUCCGACGUCACACAUCUCAUUGUUGGAAGUACCAACAGCGCAAAAUACCGUUAUGUCGCAAAGUCACGAGAGGAUGUCAAGGUGCUGGCCCCGGAAUGGCUAGAGGCGCUACGAACAAUAUGGAUGGAGGGCGAGGACGUGGAUGUGGAAGGCAUGGAGAAACAGUACAAAUUGCCAGCAUUCUACGGCCUCAAGAUAUGCCUAACUGGCUUCGAUGAUCCGGAUCAGCGGAAAUACAUUCAGGAAACUGUCGUGCACAACGGAGCCGAAUAUCACGGCGACUUGACGAAGAGCGUGACCCAUCUGAUAGCGGCUACACCGACGGGCAAGAAGUACGAACACGCCAUCAAUUGGCAAAUGAACAUAGUGACAUGGGAAUGGUUCGAGCAGAGCUGUCAGCGAGGAAUGGCCCUCGACGAGAGCUUUUUCCAUCCCACCAUGGCAUCCGAGGAUCGCGGAAAAGGCGCAUGGGAUCGGAGGCAGAGCCCCACCAAUCAAUUGGGAAAACGAGCAAGAGAUCCUGACGAGCCGAGACCUGUGAAUCCUCUCAGGCGAAAAUUAAGACGUUCGGCUAGCUCGCGGAUGGGUACCCAGAGCGAGGCUCUGUGGGCCGGUAUCACAGCUGUGGGGUUAGAGCAGCAGAAGGCUGACGGGGAUGACUGGACGGAUCCCGUUGACGUAGCAAGUGGGAACAGUCUGGCCAUCAAUGCUCCAGCUCAGCUGGACAAGAUUAUGCUUCCAGACCCUGCGCUUACAACCGGGCCUCCGCAGCAACUCUCACGUGUCAAUGAUGGCAUCUUUCAACAUCGUAGUGUCCUCAUACACGCGUUCGACUCCCACAAGACGAAUAUCUUGCGAGACCAUCUUUCUGGCAACGGCGCAGUUGUUCUCCAGGGACCGGAAAUCAUUCCUACCCUUCCGAACGAUGUCCGAAGAAAGGCUUUUCUUGUGGUCCCUCACGACGUUGCGAGCGACCUUGCAUCGCUACCGGGAGGCGCCGGAGACUUGUCGUUAGUCACCAACUGGUGGGUCGAACAGUGUUUGCACAAAAAGAGCCUAGUGGACCCCUACGAGAGUAUUCUCUGCCAACCAUUCAACAAGUUAAGCAUUAGCGGCUUCGAUGGUCUCAUCAUCAACUCCACGGGGUUCAGUGGCAUUGAGCUACUGCAAGUGACGAAGGUUGUUGCGUUGAUGGGCGCAAGUUAUGAUGAAUAUCUCACCACCAAAACCAGUACCAUUGUUUGCAGCUCAACAACACCCAAUGAAGCCAAACUCAAGUUCGCCAGGAGUAAUCGCAUACAGGUGGUGAGCGCAGAGUGGCUAUGGGAAUGUAUCCGAACUGGACAACGACAGCCCUACGAACCCUAUUCGCUUGUUCACAUCGAUGCAGGCGACCGUCAACGAUCACGGCGCCGGCCUGACCCUUUCACAGAAGUGCCAACUGCUCCUCUCUCAGAGGAGGACAGCGCGAAGCUGCGAAGAAAAGCACACGCUUCGAAACCGUCAGGCAAAUCUCAACCGCAAGGUAGUCGAAGCAGCGCCCGAUCAUUAGAGUUGAACUUGUCCGCCUCUGCAGACCCAACGCCAGCCUCAGCCACGGAAGCUGCCACUACAACGAUCAGACAGGACGACGAGGAACCUUCAAUUGAAUUAUAUGAUGGCCCAGCGUCACAUCCACUCCAAGACAUCCAUCCCAGCGUAAACUCUCCUAGACGGCCCUCAACUUCAUCGAAUACCUCCAAUGCCAGAUCACCUUCAUCCAAGGCGCGUUCAAUCACAACACGAAAUGAUGGAAAGGCUGUAACAGAUCCGACAGCGCCCCAGGAUCCUACUUCCGAUCGGGCAUCCGCACCCCCAGCCGCCGCUAGCAUUGAAGAAGCCAAGCCAGACUAUUCGUCCAUAAUGUCAGAGCUCCUCGCCCAUCGCAAACCAACAUCCAACACAAACGCAACCACCAAGCGCCAGCCUCGCCGCCAACUCGGUCGCGCAACAUCCACGCGCUCCAACCCUUCCACAGCAGACGAGCCCACCUCCAGGGCAAGUUCAGUCGUCGCAGAGGAAAGAGCCCGCAGCCUCCACGAACCACCAGAGCCGCGCGCUGCCCCCAAGAGACAAGCUACAGGCAUCGCAGAGUACGAACCCAGCCAGGAACUAGGCUGGGACGCGCCUGGCGCGCAGGAGGCGCGAGAGAAGAUGAUCCUCGCCCUGGGCGGCACCGUUGACGAAGAAUCCGCCGGCGUCGUCAGAAGCAUCGGCGUCGUCAGGGACGUCGUUGCCGGCGAGGUUGUCGACGAUAGACAGAUUCGGGCUGGAAGGCGGAGAAGAGGAUAG